AUGGGCCACGCAAAAGAAGCAAACGCCAAAGCCGUCGGCGCCGAACUGGCGGCCGUCCUACCUGACAUUGGCCCCUGGUACAAGCAGACUCACAUCCUCCGCCUUAACCUCUGCAUCGCCUCCCUCAUCAUGUGUGCCUCCACGAACGGGUACGAUGGCUCCAUGAUGAACGGCCUCCUUGCGCUACCCCAGUGGCAUGCCUUCAUGAAGCAACCAACAGGCGCCUGGCUAGGCUUCGUCAACGCCGCCUACUCCCUCGGCAACGUCCUCGUUUACCCCGCCGCCGCGUGGGUCUGCAAUAAGUACGGCCGCAAGAUGGGCAUCUACAUCUCGUGGGUCUGUCUGGGCACCGGAUCCAUCCUGCAGACUGCAGCACCAAACGACACCGCCUUCGUCUGCGCUCGCUUCCUCAUCGGCUGUGCUUCUGGAUUCUUCCUCUCGGCGCCUCUGUUAAUCACGGAAAACGCCUAUCCGACGCACCGCGGGAUGGUUUCUGCUUUGUACAACUGUGGCUGGUACUUUGGUGCGGUGGUGGCCGCCUGGGCGACGUACGGCACGAGAAAUCUCGACCACUGGGCGUGGAGACUGCCCUCGCUGUUGCAAGUGACCCUGCCCGUGCUCUCGAUCCCCGGUCUGCUCUUCAUCGGGGAGUCUCCUAGGUGGCUUGUCUCAGUAGACCGAACCGACGAAGCGAGGGCAAUUAUUGCUCGAAACCACGCCGGUGGCGACACCCACUCACCUCUCGUCAACUUUGAGAUGAUGGAAAUCGAAGACACUAUCCGAGCGGAGAAGGAAGCUCAUUCGGAGACAAAGUGGUCCGAUCUCUGGGCCACUCCCGGAAACCGACACCGACUCUUCAUUUCCGUCAGCUUGGGCGUAUUUGCACAAUGGUGCGGUGUUGGCGUCGUCAGCUACUAUCUAGCCAUGGUGCUUUCCUCUGUCGGCAUUACCUCUGUCGACGACCAAACGCUCAUUUCAGCUUGCAUCCAAAUCUGGAAUCUGAUAUGCGCCUCCACUGCUGCCAUCAUGGUUGACAGAGCUGGCCGGCGAGGACUGUUCCUUGCUUCGGGAACCAUCAUGUUGAUCUCCUUCUCCAUUGUCACCGGCCUCUCCGGCAGCUUCGCCAACACCGGCAACGCCCCAACCGGCACAGCAGUAAUCCCCUUCCUCUUCAUCUUCUACCUCGGCUACGACAUCGCCCUGACCCCGCUCAUGGUAUCCUACCCUGUCGAGAUCUGGCCCUACCGCCUGCGCGCCAAGGGCCUUACGGUAGCUCUCAUGGUGAGCAUCGGCUGCGUCUUUUUCAACACUUUCGUCAACCCUGUUGCUCUCGAGGCCAUUGAAUGGAAGUACUACUUUGUCUUCCUCGCCGUUCUCGUCAUCAUGCUCAUCAGCGUCUGGUUCUACUACCCCGAGACGAGGGGCCGGACGCUAGAGAACAUGGCUUACAUCUUUGAUGGCGAGUCUGCUGAGGUGGGCACUGGCAAUGCCUCGAGCGCGCUUAAGGAGGCGGAGGCUUCUCAUGUGGAGGUCACGCACAAGAGUUAG